UCAGGCUUCUUUCUGUUACAGUUAGAUGGUGCAGGUGUAACAUGGUGCUCGGUGAAGGAUCGUGGAUUUCCUUAUUUCCUUGAAAUGAUAUAAAAUGGAAUAAAGGCACAAGCAUCAAAUCGCAUAUCACUGUUUUCGUUUCGCUCGUUGUCCGUAGCAAAGGUGAGCCCACCAUUUCUAUCGCAUUUAACUCGCGCUGGCGAUCAAUUGGCGCAUCGCAACGUCGACAUCGCCCAGAUUCGAGCGAGCGCGAGUCGCGACAAAGUCCUGCCACUGUUCAUUACGGUGCGAUUAAUUUUGCCUAAACCAUCACAUUCUCUCGGAGGGCUUGAGCGAUCGCGAAAAGAUAUCCAUCACAAAGUUGACAAGAUGAUGUCUGAUCGAAAAGCUGAGCUAGAAAGGAAGAAGGCGAAGCUGCAAGCUAUUAGGGAGGAGAAGGAAAGGCGUAGGAGGGAGAAAGAACAGAAGGAUGUAGAAGAAGCUACCGUUCGUGCCGCUGGCACGGACAAGGAUCAGCGCAAGGAGAUAGAUGCAAUGUUAUCUUCUCUGGGUGUAGCACCAGUGUCAGAUGUGCUCUCCAGUUUGUCUAGCAUGAGCUCACUGACGCCUGAACAAAGUGCUAACGCUACACCAGAUGCCAGCUUGCAACCAUCUAGUAUAAAUUCUGCUCAAAGCAGUGCAGGAAGAAGGAAGAAUCGAGAGCUCACAAUUGUCUCCGUGGCACAUACAAACAUUCCACCGAAAGAACCGGUCGUUUAUAGCAAACAAACACAAACCAUCCAAACUACGCAUACAUCCCACGACGGGCUGUCCACAUCGUCUUCCGCAUACACCAUCUACUCCUCCUGUUCAACAACAACACCAACUCACUCUUGCUCCGCAGGCUACUUUGAGACUGACUGGUGGCGUCCCAGGAAAGGUGGGUCUGCACCAAACUACCUAUCUCAUGCAUUCGACUAUUACGACGAGUACAAUCUAAAUCCUGGUUUAGAAUGGGAGGACGAAUUUACAGUUUUGACAUUUGAUGAUGGCCAAGCCGAAGACGAAGAAAAUAGCUUGCCGCACAUGGACGGUUUCCAAAGUAAACUCCCACCGGGAAUCCUUCCUCACGGAUUACCGCAAGUUAAGGAAGUCCAGCCUGCCGUUACACAGGUAGAGCAGGAAAAAAAGAAAGAGAAGCCCAAGAAAGAAGUACGAGAGCUUAGCGAAGAAGAGAAGCAAAUGAUUAUCCUAUCGGAAGACUUCCAACGAUUUCUCGACCGUACCAGCAGAAUCGUGGAGAGAGCAUUGGGAGAAUCGGUCGAUAUCUACACUGAUUAUGCCGGCACUAUGGACGGUGAAGACGGAAUGGAUGAGAAGAGUCAUCAACGAUUGUGGCUGAAUCGCUCGUUCAUCUGCGAGCGAUGGUCUCGUAAUCGUUGUGUGACCUCCAUGGACUGGUCGCCUCAAUUUCCCGAACUUUUAGCAGCUUCGUAUAACAACAACGAUGACACUCCGAACGAUCCCGAUGGAGUAUGUCUAAUUUGGAACACAAAAUUCAAGAAAACAACUCCAGAAUUUAUCUUUCACUGUCAGUCACCCGUUAUGUCCACCACGUUUGCCAGAUUUCAUCCGAAUUUAAUCCUAGGCGGCACCUAUUCUGGUCAAAUCGUACUUUGGGAUAACCGAGUGCAAAAAAGGACUCCCAUACAACGCACUCCCUUAUCUGCUACUGCGCACACUCAUCCGGUAUACUGCUUGAGCGUUGUUGGAACGCAAAACGCACACAAUCUAAUCAGCAUUUCGACGGACGGUAAAUUAUGCUCAUGGAGUUUAGAUAUGUUAUCACAGCCGCAAGAGGCACUGGAAUUGCACACGAAGCAAUCGAAAGCGAUUGCCGCCACGUGCUUAGCUUUCCCACACGGCGAUGUUAACAAUUUCGUUAUGGGAAGUGAGGACGGAACCGUUUACUCAGCUUGUCGACAUGGUAGCCGUGCCGGAUUGACGGAAACGUACGAGGGUCAUCAAGGACCGGUCACUGGCAUUAGCGCGCACGCGGUGCAGGGUGGGAUAGACUUCUCCCAUCUAUUCCUGACAUCCUCCCUUGACUGGACUAUCAAACUCUGGAGUUUGAAAGAGAACAAGCCACUCUAUUCUUUCGAACACAAUGGCGAUUACGUCUAUGACGUUGCUUGGUCUCCCACGCACCCGGCGCUGUUCGCCUCUGUCGACGAUUCCGGUAGGUUGGAUUUGUGGAAUUUGAAUCAGGAUACGGAAGUGCCCACUGCCAGCGUUGUCGUCGACGGAUGCCCUGCUCUGAACAGGGUAUCGUGGACGCCAAGCGGAUUGCACGUUACUGUCGGUGAUGACACCGGUAAAAUAUGGGUUUACGAUGUCGCCGAGCAUCUAGCUCAUCCCAGAAUUGACGAAUGGAACAAGUUCUUGUAUACGCAACAGGAUCUGAAGAACAACAAAGCUGAUGAAGAAUUAGAUAAACUCAAUCUUAGUUCUGGGCCAUCCUCAUUAACCUCGAUGACAUCUAUUUCGUCAGUGCCUCUGAGAUAAAGACCAUAAUAUAAUUUGCUCUAGUAAUUUAAUCCCCCUAGUAAUUUCCUUCUAAAAUUGAAUACACUUGCAAUCAAUAUAAAACGUUAAAAAGUAAGAAAAAAAGUUCUGGCUCAAAUUUUAUUGAAUAUUUUAUUGAUUAUUAUUUUUAAUUAUUUUCUUCACUAUUAAUGGAAGUUAGCAAUAUUGAAACAACUAUUAAUACUUUAAAAAUAUAGAUACAUAUUAUUAACAUGUUAAGCUUUAAUAAUUGCUCUAAUAUACAUAUACGUUUAACUAAAAUAAGAGAUAUUACUUGAGUAAAUCUCUAUAUUGUCAGAAUUGUAAAUAAUGCUUUAAUCGUAUUUUGAACGAUUAUUUUAGAUAAUUUGUUGAUAUAAAACUCAAAUGUAUACGUUUCGCAAUAUAACAAUUGAUAUGAUAAUAUUCUGUAAUGCCAAAUUUAGGAAUUUGAAACGCUAAUAGAAACUUACGAAGAUAAGUAUUCCCUGACAUGUAAAAAAGGAACAUAUAUUCAUUAAGUUAUCUGAUGUGUAUAUACACUAUAUAUAUAUAAUAAUUUCCUUUUCAAAUAAUUUGCUCAUGUAAUUUGUUUUAUUCGUCUAUUUUUCACAAUAGUCAUUGCUAUUUUUUAAGAAACAUAUUUAUUAAGCGUUUUUGUAACAUCUUGUUUAAGUUAAUGCAAAUACAUGUGAUUUACUGUGAGA